CCUCCUUUCCUUGUUCUCUAGUGCAGGCCUCUUAGGACUGACAGUUUUUAAGCUGAGCAGGGACUUGGAUAUUAAACUCUCUCAAGCAGCUUUCCCCCCCUUGUCUCCCUCAGAGCCUUUUGAGUCUGCAGACAGAAGAGGGACAGGGGAAAGAGGAAGGGGAUGGGGGAACAAAUAUUACCCAAGGACAUCCCACACCUGCAUAGCAGAGAGGACAAACCGUCAGAGACUAAUGUGGUGGAACAGAAGUCUGCAUCUCUGUCUGUGGCACAACUAGCAGGGAAAUUUCAAGAUCAACCACCUGUUUCUGGAAAGGAGAUACCAGCCAAUAAGCCAACCCGCCGAAAACCACCAUGUUCCCUCCCUCUCCAUGCACACAAGACAGAGCCUGGCCAGAAUGGUGACCUUAAGCCUUCUCCAAAUACUUCUCAUCCUACAAAGGUAAAGGUAAAAAGCUCUCCCAUGAUUGAAAAACUUCAGGCCAAUCUGGCAUUUGCUCCAGCUUUGUUACUGCCAGGAGCUUCUCCCAAAAGUCCUGGCCUAAAAGCAAUGGUUUCUCCAUUUAACAGCCCACCCACUACUCCCAGCAGUCCACAAAUUCAGUCUCAUGCAACUGAAUCAAAGGAGACACCAGUUAGCUUUGAUCAGCCACCAGACGGCACUCAUCUUCAGUUUUAUAAUAAGGUACGAACACGGGGAUCCAUAAAACGCAGGCCUCCCUCCAGAAGAUUUCGAAAGUCACAAUCAGAGUGUGAUGACCAAGAUUUUGGGGUGACUGUUUCACCUCAGGAAAAUGGUGCCAAGGAAGAGGAGGAUGUUGAUGGUAUAUUCAUGGACAAGAGUAAGACUGUGAAAUCACUCUCUCCUACUGUAGAUGGAAUAGACCACAAUGUGAAACAAAACAGGAGCACAUCUGAUGAAAAACCCCUAUCAUGUCAGAGAUCUGGAAGAACUGCAAACGAAGAGAGAGAGAUGGGAACAGAAAAAGGGACAUUAGUUAAGGACAGCGAAAAAGAGAAGCCUCACCAGAACCUUGCAGAGGAAGACAAGGAGAGAAAUCCAGGUAGCAGCACUGCAGAGAAUACAGAAGGAAAGUCAAGCAAGAGCACUUUACUGGAUAGGGAGGAUGAUCAUGGUUCUGAUCAGGGAAAUAAAGGGGAAAGGGGGGAUAACUUUUGUGAGAGUGAAAAUGCACAACAGGAAUCAGACAAACAAAACACUGGGACUCCACAGCCUGCAGGAGACAUGGAAACUGCGGCAAGCACCAGUGUGUGAUAGUAACACAAGAACUGGCUGUACACUGAAUGAGAACAUUGAGAUAAAGGUGGGAUUCCCAGCAAAGUGCUUGCUUCUGAAUGAUCUCACGCUCAUCUUAAUAUGAAAACCCCAAGGAUGCCAGUAUUAUUCUUUUCUUUUUGGCAGUUCUUAGGCUCUUUACUGCAGCAAAGUUGGUCAACUUGGGUGGAAGACAGCCUGGUACAGACAAUGCUAAGCUUCUCAAGCUGGUGAUUCUCCAAGAAGAAUGACAGAGAAAAGUCUUCUCUGUUCAGUUACAGAAAGAAACAGCUGCUGAGGUGUCACAUUUCGCUCCACUGUCCAGCUCUAACAGUAACAGCAUUUUUCAAGUGGAAAGAACUCUAAUGCAUAUUCAUUAUGUUUUCUGAUUAAAGUGGACUUUUCCAAACCUCUUGUGGACUGCCUGCUGUAACUCCACUGCAUGCAUAUCAGUUACACAGUCACCCACAGAACCACGCAGAACAGUCCUUUUUUGAUUUAGUUAGGGACUAUGGGAUAAUUUACGUGUGUGGUAAAGGAAACUUUCCAUUUGGUAAGAUAAGAAUGGGACUUAUCCUUCAGUUCUUCUUGCUUUGCUGGGUAUGGGGUGGGCUGUGGGUGUCCUUGUACACAAAGCUUAAACUAACCCUGUGUCUCUUUUGGCACUGUUUAUCCGACUGUCUGAUUGUUAUUUAUGUAUGUAGACUGGAAAAUCUAGGAGAACAAUCUGAAAGGGAAUUGUCCUUAUGGCCAAUGUAGGGUUUAGAUUUGCUUUCUUUAAG